AUGGACCCUACAGCUCCCAUGCAAGCCAUUCUUGAGUCAUAUGACCUGGGACAUGCAAUGGAAGCAGCGUUAAAUCUGCAUGCAAGCCAAAAGGCCACCAAAGUGGUCCAAUUGGGACUCAGCCAGGAGUCUCAGGACUUCAUCUCUACAUGUGAGGUCGCAGCCGGACCGUUGUGGGCCGCCGCGGGGCCCACUUACUGCUACUGGAACGCGCUCGCGAUUGAGUCCCUAGAAGUGACCUCAGAAAAUCAAAACUGUUUGUUUUGCUCUCCCUUCCACUCCUUUCCCUGGAGUUCGAGAAACUCGAAAGACACGAUCCAUGUGUCCACAUCCUACGUUUACUUAAGAGAUGAAAUUGGCCUGAUCCCAUGUCCUGAAGCUAGGUAUAACCGGAGUCCCAUUGUCCUGGUUGAAAACAAACUUGGUGUGGAGAGCUGGUGUGUCAAGUUCCUUUUACCGUAUGUCCACAACAAGCUCAUUUUGUACAGAACAAGAAAGCAGUGGCUGAACAAAGAUGAAUUGAUAGAUGUCACAUGCACCCUGCUGCUUCUAAACCCAGACUUUACCACUGCAUGGAAUGUGAGAAAAGAGCUGAUCCUGUCUGGUACUUUAAAUCCAAUUAAGGAUUUAUAUCUGGGAAAACUGGCCUUAACUAAGUUUCCAAAGAGUCCAGAAACAUGGAUUCACAGACGAUGGGUGCUACAACAGCUAAUUCAGGAAACCUCCUUGCCUUCCUUUGUGACCAAAGGAAACUUAGGAACAAUUCCUGCAGAAAGGAAACAGCAAGUAAUACAAGAGGAGAUGGAGGUCUGUGGUGAAGCAGCAGGGAGAUACCCAAGCAACUAUAAUGCCUGGUCCCAUCGCAUCUGGGUUUUACAACACCUGGCCAAGCUAGAUGUCAAGAUUCUUCUUGAUGAACUAUCUUCUACUAAACACUGGGCAUCCAUGCACGUUUCAGACCACAGUGGAUUUCACUACCGCCAGUUUCUGUUAAAGUCUUUGAUUAGCCAAACUGUGAAAGACAGUUCUGUCUUGGAGCAAAACCCUUUGAGAAAUGAGUCAGCCCUAGUUCUUCCAAAAGAUGAAGAAGCAGCAGCUUCAACAGAGGAACCAAGAAUAAAUAUUCCCCAUCUUCUAGAAGAAGAAGUUGAAUUCAGCACUGAUCUUAUUGAUUCCUAUCCAGGACAUGAAACCCUUUGGUGCCACAGGCGGCAUGUUUUCUACCUUCAGCAUCACUUAAAUGGUAGGUUUCCUCACAGCGUGACCCAGUUGUCACCUGGAGACAGCCCUGCGGUGACUUUAAGUGACUUGCACCACAUCCCAGCAGGCCCCCGCACGUCCCAGGCAAUGGAGGUGGAUGGACUGUGUUACUCUAACAAGCAAGGGUAUUCCCAGGAAACGAAACGCCUGAAGCGGACCCCAGCUCCAGAUUACCUAGGCCUGGAAGUGGAACACAGGUUCAUCGAUCAAGUAUUGUCCACAUGCCGGAAUGUAGAGCAGGCCAGAUUUGCCAAUGCAUAUAGGAAAUGGCUGGAUACAUUAAGUCAAUGAAAGAGGUGGACUAUUCCUGCAGGUUUCCCCUUCUAGUGCAAUAUCGCUUUCCUUUCGCAUUUACAUAGUUGCAUGAACUGUUUGCUAUCAUUAGCUAACUAUGUGUUCUUCAUCUUAUGCUUAAAAGUUCAUAGUAAAUCUUUAAUUUUAUUUAUUUUGUUAAGAACUGGCAUUCCUUUGGGGAUAAAUUGUGUAGUUCCUGCUAAGCAAUGAGUCUUAAGUUUUUCUUUAUAACUUCUCAUUAUAUUUCUAUAUUUCUGUAUUUCUAAAAGAAGUCUGUGUUUCUAGGCUGCUUCUCAUUCAGUUCUCCUUGUUGGUUCACAUGUAGCUCCACCCACCUCAGUGCAAUUGCUGCAUAGGCUAAUUUUUUUUAAUUAAAAACUUAUAUUUUGGUUGAGCUUAAAAACAAUACAAAUGCCACCUUACUCAAUCUAAUUGUUUUGAGAAUUAAAUGGCCAGAUGGGUGGAUAUGUGAAAUACAAACCACUUCUUUCUCUAGCAUGUUCUACCCAAGUUACAGACCAAGAUAACCAAAGUCAGAAGUAUUGGAAUUUAUAUAAAAUACAUGCUUCCGAUGUAAUCCAUUUUUAAAAUGGUUAUUUAAAAAAAGUAAUAAUUUUAAUAGUUUAUGUAAUUGUAGUACUUGAAAAUUAUUUUUAUUACUAGUUUUGAUAGAUUGUUUUUACCUCAAAUUUAGUACAUGCCAAAAACACUCGAGUUAGCUCUUAUAAAAAUCAUUUUUUAAAGAAAACCUGGAAUGCCAUUUUUAGUUAUUGCUUGUUUUCCUUCCAAAUUCACCAUGAAAAAUGGGAGAAAUAUGUGUAGAAAUGUAUCCGUAAAAAAUCUUCCUUUUUAAAAAUUUAAGUUAUUGAGGAUACACUGGAUAAACUACAAAAUUUUAGUGAAGUGAUUAUUAAAAGUUUACUGGCAAAAGCCAGGGAGAAAAAAAUAGUUUUGAGGGUAUUAGUUCUUCAGUCUUUAUUUUAGCAAAUAAAACAGUUAAAAAAAACUUUGAUACUAAACUUAUCAGGGAUGAGGCACCAAAGUAUCCACCUUAUAGUUGUAUCUUAUCUUUGCAAUAACAAGGGCUGGGUUUUUUAGGUUGGCAAGGCAGAGGUGGGGAAAGGGCCAGCCAGGUAUUGUCUACUUUCUACUUUAUUAUAUUUCUCCUUUUGUAAAUGGUCUGCCUAUGUUAUUUCCACAUACCUUUCUCUUGAUUUUCCCAAUCCAUUCCAUAUUUUUUAUUACUCUCUUUUGUAUAUUUUUCCUUAUCUGUCUUAUUUCAGGGAUGUGUAUGGAAGAUAUUCUCCCUAUCUCUAAUGAAUUCCAUACUUCGUUAAACACACACACACACACACACACACACAAUGUAUGAACUGCUCCUCUAAAAGUUCCCCUAAUGAUGGAAGCUGUCUUUUGUCCUGUGUGUUUGCAGAAUAUGAGUAAUAGUGGCAGAAACAAGUGUGACCACCAUGCUUUGCCUGUUUUUUUUUUUUUUUACUUGCUAGGUCACCUGGAGGAUGAAGAGACAGGGAAAGGCAGACCUCUCCUGUCUCACUAUUAUGAAAACCCUCGACUUGAGUGAGGUGCAUUGUCUUGAAAGAAAAGAAUCAGCCCUUGUGAAUCAUGAUUUUGUUGAAUGUCAAACUGUUGACUGAGAUUUAAGGACACCAGAAAAGUUGUCCAGCCUGGCUCCUGUAGACAGAAGCUGCUCUUCUCUCUCUUAGGGCAAAAAUUACUCUUUUGUAGCUUUUAUAGUAUUUCAGUUAGAAAAUAAUUCCAUUAUGAACAGAAUUCCAUGGCCUUUGGUGUACAAGGCACAUUUUGAAUCAAAUACCUCAAGGUCUACCUAGACCUCAAUGGAUAAAACAUUGGUUAAUGACCAUCAGCACCUGCAGGCAUUGGGGCAAACUACACAGAGAUGACAUGGGAGAUCCAAUCCAUUCCACUAAUACAUGUUGCCAAAUUCUGGCCUCAUUGAGUAUUACCUUUUUUCCAAGCGUCAUUUUAAGUAUCUCAAGCAAUAGGGCUUCUUAUGCUUUGAUUAAGUUAGAAUAUUAGGGUGUGAGUAUAGAUAAUACCCUGUGAAACAUUAGCUAAAUUUUACAGUGCUCCACAUCUUUUUCUACCUUCCACAGAGUAUUUUGUUAACUGUCUUCAUGUGUUUUAAGGCUCUUACCCACCCCUUCUGAAGCCAUGCAGUCCUUUACUAUAUCUUGGUCUCUUGUCUUCCUAGUAAAGUUUUAAGUAGAGAGUGAAAAUAUAAAUAUCCAAAGGAUACUGUUUAUGACUUUUAUGUGCUACUUAAUUUCUAAAAUUUUCAUUUUUCAAGUGUUCAUUCACAGAAAAACCUAGUAUUGCCCUAUAUCAUUGUGGGGUUCUUUUCUAUCUCAGUGGUUGACACUUAGACUCACUAGCUGUAGCAUGAUAAUGUCUCUUUGAGCUUAUUUAGUGGAAAAGAUGUGUCUUUUUUCAGUGAUUUGUUAGUCUUAUUUUUGUACAAAUAUGUUGUUAAAAGAUAUUUGUGAUUGACACACAUUUCAUCAAACAUUCACUGGAAGAGUAGUAGGCUAUCGUACCAUCUUACGGAUCAAGAAUACUGCUGACAUGCUAAAAGCAAUAAGGUUGUCAGUAUUUUCACCACCUCCUCCCACCCCCGCCUUUUCUUUUAGUAUACUAUUUUGGUAAUAUUGUAUUCCAAGAUUCUACUUCACAUUAUGAGGAUUCAUUAAAUAUUUAUUAAAUUAAUGAAUGAUUAGAAGAGAGGAGAGAUUGAUCAUGAGUGAUGGAUAGAAUUAUGAUUGAGAAAUUGAUGGAUUAGAGCAAUGGAUUGUGAAUGAAUGAUGUAUUCUAACUUCAUGAUACUUCAGUAGAGCUAUCGCAUAUAGAAUUAGUUAAUUUAGAUUUUUUUUUUCAUUUAACUACCUUGUUGAAGCUUGUUAAAUCCCAUCUAAGAAGUGCAGCUCUAUAAUUAUCAAUUUAAUAUGUAUUAAAAAUUCAUAGAACUAAAGAAUCCCAUUUACAUUAAGAACACUUCUUUCUGUUCAUUUAUGAUUUUGGAGGACAGAUCUUGCCAACACAGCCAGAGCCACUUUGGGGCAUCUGAAGAAAUUCUUUGAUUUCAGAGACUUGUUGAUCUGUACCUGUGAAUGUGUAGUCAUUUUGUGCUUCUCCUUUCCCUUCCUUAACUUGAACUGUGGACCUUUCAGAUAUUUCUUAAUCCUGUGUCAGUCAUUUUUUAAACUUAAGGAUUUGAUACUUAUUGAUGUCCCCUUUUUCUUUUCUAAGUUUUAGCAUUUUGUUACCUCUUUGGAAAGUCCGGCCCCAGGUUUUUAGUCAUAUUUAUUAUUCCUAUGGUAUGAUAUGGUUCUAAUUAAAUUAAAGGUUUCAUUAUUAACAGGACUAAAUGUGUUCAGGUGGUCAGUAAAAGCCACUUAAAUCUUAAGGAAACAAAAGUUCUUGGAUGUUUAUGUGGCAUUUUGUAGGAAAGUAUAUAUGAUGAUAGACUUUGUAUCAUUUGGAUUUAUAUAGGUCAUCAGUUCAUACUUGUUGAGACACCCACAUGUGUGUGUGUGUAAAGAGAACUUCUAAUAUUGUUGAAAACAAACCGUCAGUCUAGUAAUUUUCUUUUAUAUAGCACAAGGCAGUAUCUGACACAGGAACUAAAUACAAUUUAGUAUGAGUGCAACUACCACUUGUACAGUAAUCUAAUCUCUACCAUAGCUCCCCUGAAUUACAGAAAAUGCUAAAGAUUUAGUUAUAAAGGAAGUAACAUAUAAUUUUUUGCAUAAAGUUUUUGUAAGCUUACAGUUAUUUUGUUACUAGAAAAUUAUAUUUUAAAACUUUUAAAUAUUUAAAGUAUGCUAGAAAAUUUGAACAGCAUUGUAACAACUGAACCUUUUGUCUUCUGAAUAAAUUUCUCAAAUAGAACUGUUGCAAACUCUAGCACUUUACGUGCUGCUGCCUCCCCCUGCCUGAGUAGACUCUGUAAUGUGCUCUUGUUUAAUGGAGAAGUGCAGGGAGGCACAGGAAAGCUUAGGCAAAUUCCGUGUCAUGAAGGCAUUGAGCAGGAAAAAUCAACCCUGAAAAUACUACUUAUCAUCACACAGUGUCUUUUAAAAAAUAACUAUAUAUACUGUGUUAAUUCGAGUGCCUUUCUUACUUUUUUAGGGGAGAGCAAGAUUAUAUUUAAGUCUAAUGUUUAGGUAGAAAACAGAAGAUAGAAGUUUUAUCAAACAGCUUGAUUGUCACUCAUUAUUUAUUCUAAUUGCUAAGCAUAGUCCCAUGGUGUAUUUCAUCCUCUAUUGAGAUACUGAUAUGAGCAGGUAGGAUGUUUUGGUUUGCAUUUCUUUAGUUACUAUGUAUAAGCACCCUACCAAGAAUAAUUGGUUCUUUUGCGGGGAGGUGGGGACAUCACACUUAGAAGACAGCACGUGCAUAAACAUCAGCCUUUGUUCAAAGAGAAACAGUGGCUCUCUGCCAUAAAAGCCAUGUGGUUGUCCUAAAUGAAUUCUUUGCCUCUUUAAGGACUUUUAAGAAUUCCUUCCCAAAUCCAGGUCUACAUAAGAUAGUUGAAAAGGGAAUAUAUAGACCCUUAUCUUUUCAAGUAUUGGAGGAAAAGAAGUAAAUACUGAGAUGAAAUUUAAAAUGUGGCAUUGUAUGAAUUUUGGAUACGGAGAGGGGAGGGGUAGGAAUUCCAUAAUUCAAGGUAGCAAAUAAUUUUUAAUUGUAAUUUUAUAAAAAUAUAUAGCUAUGGAUUCCAAAGUGCUUUUCAGAGAAUCGUUGAAUAAUAUAAUUCUAAAUGGCAGCAAUAUGUCAUGUUCAUAGUUGAGACAGAAAACCAUUAUGUCACUGGCAGAUCUUGGGUGGGGGGGGCGGGAAACGUUUGGCUCCCAGUUAACCAGGCCAUGUUAACACUGUAAAACCAAACUCUUUGCUCAGAAACAACAACAACAACAAAAAGAGUAGCUUAGUCUGCUGAGUAAACUUGUGCUUCCAAGAAUAUUAGCUAUAUAUAGUUUGUGCUUUCUGGGCAAUAAUAUGGUUCACAAAGCUAACCCUGGCAUUUCUUUUAUUAGUCUAUUAUUAUUCCUCAGGGUGUAGAACAUUUAGUAAAUUUAGGACAAAACUUUAUAUUCAGUGGCAAAAAAAAAAGCAAAAAUAUGCUAGCUAUAUUACUAGUUCUUAAAAUCUUUGUGUAGAUAGUAUUUUUUAUAAACCACUACCAGUGCAGUAGCCUGUAGAUGCUCUGUGACUGCCUCAUUGCUCAUCACGCUGCUUUAAUCCCUAUGUCUCUAUUAUGAAUGUUCACUUACACGUUUUCUAUGGAAAUGAUUUCUAUAUUGUAUUAUUUUUCAUGUUUGGCAGAGAUGGGAGUGUUUCAGUUGACAUUCUCAAUUUUUGGAAAUCCUAUUGAGGAAAAUGAUUACUGUUGUUUUCAAAGUGACAACUAUUUUGCUUCUUAAACUUCAGUUUCCCUGAAAGAGUAUUUUGUGUGCAGAUCCUGUACAUGUUCAGUACAUUGCAUAGUGCCUUGCACCUUGUAGGAGGACUUCAACAAGUCAGAAUUGUUAAAGGCUAGAAAAUGAAAACUAGCUUAUCUCUGUCUUAUUGCCAUUGUCCACGUUCUUAGCUCUAGGAGAAAUACGGUAUUGUGCAUAAGAUACAUUAUCAGGUUCAAACAUACAAGGCAAAGAUUGUAAGUGAAAUUUAGAUACUUUUAAGGCAUAUACGUGUGUGUACACAUGUAUGUAUAUACAUUUAAAUGAGAUUUGGAACUUGAAUUUAUAUAGUGAUUUCACAAAAAAAAUUUAUCUGAAGGAUUUUUAUUUCCAUAUUUGCUUUAGGUUCUCCUAUUUAAAGACAGUUUCCUUUAUUGGACUAACCCCCUCAAGCAAAGUGGGAACCCUAACACAAGUGCCCAUCUGCCUAAAUUAACCAGAUAUUGGUGUAAACUGUCUAUAUGAAGUCUUCAUUGACUCACAAAUCAUAAAACUCUGGCUUUUCUUCCAUACCUUUAUAGGGAAUCAGCCUUAAUUUUAAUGUAUGGCAGUCACUUUCCUCAGAGUACUAUGUGACAUACUUCAGAUGUUCAUUUAUCUUUAUAAAGUGAUAAACAACAAAUUUGACAUUUUUUAAUGUCAUAGGGAUGAACAAUUUCACAUGUUCAAAUGUUGACUCAUACUACAUUCUAUUAAAAAUGCUCAUAUGUUAUUCUCCCUCACCUUGCAUUUGGAGCAGAUUUUUUUUCUUGUUAAAGAAUGAGAGUAGACUGAGUACAGUCAUAGUAGGUGCUCAAUAAAUAGUCAAUUAUUGCUCUAACAUCAAAAUAAUAGCAAGCUUUCAGAAAGGAGACUAUUGUCAUCUUUCAUUGAGGAGUUUAUUUUUAGAGUAAUAUAUAUUUGAAACUGGAAAAUUAUAUCAUUUGACAUGAAUUUUCAGGCUUAUUUAGAUCAGAGCUAGUAACAUGUAAUAAAAAUAUUGUUUGUGUAGAACACGGUCCAAAGAUAGGAGAUGUGAAAAGUUUAGUAUCUUUUUAUGCAAGGCACAUUAAUAAAUGUGAUUAAAUGAUUUAGCAGGCUGCUGAACUCUAAGAGAGAACUACUGUGGUCUUCUGCAAUCAAUUUCCCUGUUGGUAUAUCCAGUAUUACCUGGUGUAGCCUCUGUUUCUCCCUAAAUCUUGGUUGCUUUCCGAUGUCUUAAAAAUAGUAAUGGUAAAACAUGAAGUUACAUUAAAUAAUUUAUUACCGCUUUUCUAAAAACGUCUUUAAAAUGAAGGAGAAAUUUUUGUUAAUUUGUUAAUUUGUGGAUUUCAGAGCAUUUUUGGCAGAGUUUACCUUAUGGAAAUGGAUUUAAAUGAAAAACACACAAGCAUUCCAACCUGAGCUGUGAGGAGCAGAGUGUGUAGUAAAAGUGUAAUCAGGUAUUGGCUCCUGGAGAGGUUCCUAAUGCAUGACUUUGAUGCUGGCUUCUGACUGAAGUGACCACUGUCAGUGUUGUAUUUGGGUGUGUGUUGUUCCUAGGAGAAUAACGGAAUGGGUACUAGAUUAACUUGUUUUUGAGUUGGACAAAAUAAAAAAUGAAGUAUUAUAAGUAUGCCACAUAUUUAUUAUACUGUAAAAACUGAAAAAAAAGGAAGAAAAUUAUAAAAGGUCAAUGAUUUUUUUAAUAGCGUCUAAAUUUUUUUUUUUUUUAAUACAAGUCUCUUGGACACUAGGCAGUGGCUUACUUUAACACUGAGAGACUUUAAAGGAUAGUUCUCAGAUACUAUAUUCUGCUGUUAGAAUUAAUCAUGCCUGUUAAUUUUACAUUGCUUGAAGAUUUUUCAAAAAAUGGAGUAUUUAACUUACAGUCAAUAUUGUUUUAAGAUUCUCUUACAGGUUAUGGUUAAAUGAAUAAGUUACAUGUAGGAUCUGUGGUACAAGAUCAGAUUGUGGGCAUUAAAGAUAAGUUUGGCUAACUUAUUUUACUGAAGAUACUAAUUGCCUUCACUCUGAUUGCACUGCUGUUUUUCUUAAACUAUUUUUCCAUAAAAAAAUAGUCUGCAUUGAAGUUCCUUUACCUCUCACCAUAUACUAAUUGACAUUUUUAAAAGAAAUUAAUAUUUUAUGAAUUCUUUUUACACUUAUAUACCUUGCAAAGGAUAAAAAUAAAUUUUGCAGUAAGGUAUGUGCAGAGUGUGUUUAUGGUGUUUCGAGAAUUAGUGCUACAGAUUGUUAAUUUCUAAGGCUAAUAUAAUGAUUAGAGAUUACCUAUAUCAGCUCUGUCCAAUAGAAAGAAUGUGAGCUACAUAUGUAAUUUUUAAUUUUCUAGUAGCCACAUUUAAAAAAAUUAACCGAUAAUAUAUUUUAUUUAACCUAAUGUUAAAAAUAUUGUCAUUUCAAUAUGUAAUCAAUAUAGAAAAUUAUUGAGAUACUUUACCCUCUUUUCCCAUCUAAGUCUUAAAAUUUCAGUGUGUAUUUUGCACUCAGUAUAUCUCGGUUCUGACUAUAGCCACAUUUCAAGUGCUCAAAUGCCACAUGUGACUAAGGGCUACUGUUGGACAGUGCAGAUUCAUAGGGUACAAAAUAUGACUUUAAAUUGGGAGACAGUGAAGUAGGCAUGUAAUUAUGGUACUUUAAAAAUUAUUUAGUAUACUUAGAAAAGUAUCUAAUAGAAUUGUCUACUCAUUUUCCUUCAUCUUCAUUUUAAACUUGCUCUAGAGAUAUGCUCAACCUGUUUCAAUUUGCCAAGUGUUAUUUAAGAAGGAAGAAAUUCCAUGCCAUGUAUAAUACCAUGAUAUGCAAAUUAUAAUACAUUAUUAACAACACAUUUUUCAAUGUGUUUACUAAAUUCUGUCCUGUUUUUUCAGAAUAAUAGCUUAAAUUGCAUGUUACUUGUGUAUCUACCUAUUUUGUUUUUAUAUUAUUCUUAUAAUACAAUAAUGUAUAUUAACAAACAGCCCUAGGAUUCUAAUCUUCUAUGCAGCCGUCUUCCAGUACUUAACUGGUAUACUAAUUAAGUUGUGAUAAGUGGCAGAAAAGUAGAAUGAACCAUUCUUUUUUUCCAUUAGAUUUCUUUUUAUUAUGUGACCAUGUACCAAGCCAGCUAUAAGUUAUUGUAUUUCUGUAGAAUUUGGAAAAUAGUGUUUAUGUCUUGUCCUUGCUAAAUGUUGCAAUUUCUAAGUAAACUGUUCAUCUCCUAAAA